AUGUUAUUAACAAGCGUACUUUUUAUUUUAGUUUCAGUGUUCGUGGCUUAUAUUACGUCUCGCUUGAUUGCUAAGCUUUACGGAAACUUUGAAGGAAUCAACGUGUUUUCUUCGGUCGAAUGUUCAUUACAAGACAAGUUGAAAAUGUUGAAUUUCAUGAAAAGAUUCGGAAGACGUCCAAUUGGUUUAUCUAUUGGAGGAUUUUUCUACGUUAAGAAGCAAUUCGUCAUCAGAAUAUUGAGCGCCUUUUAUUCUGCAUUAUCGGGAUUUCUACAAUUAGGAAGUAAAUCUCCAAGAAAGAAUUGUGGCACGAAAUUGUUAGCAAAUAAUACAUUGAAUUCGAUAUACGAACAUUUCUUAUUUAAAUAA